AAGCUACUUAAAGUGUUCAAUAUAAUUAAGUAUUCCGUCGCUACAUUGUACAAUAAAACUUUAGUUUUCCCUGCAUUUCAAUAUUUCAAUAUGGCGAACAAACUGAGCGCUGUUAUUAUCAUGGGGCUUGCGAUCUUUAGCCUUGUUUCGGUGACAUCCGCUACUUCGGGAACAGCAACUUACUAUACAGUUUACACUCCAUCCGCAUGCUACGGGUACGAGGACGAGGGAACGAUGAUUGCAGCUGCAAGCGAGGGAAUCAACAAUGGAGGUGCAUGUGGCCAAAUGUAUAAGAUCACAUGCACAGGUGCGACCAAUGCCGGCGUCACUCAACCGUGCACCGGCGCCAGUGUUACCGUCAAGGUUGUCGAUCUUUGUCCCUCUCCAGGCUGCCAGGGAACAUUUGAUCUCUCUCAAGAAGCUUUCUCUACGAUAGCUAACGUCAAUGCUGGAAAAGUUGAUAUUAACUAUACCCCGGUUUGAAGCUCGGAGAAGAGAAUAGUCUAUCUUCAGCUGGAGAAUAAAUAAAGACGAAAUAAAGAUAAAUCAGAAUAUGUGAAAAAAAUAUUAUAUUUAAGAAUAAUGUGUUGC